AUGAGAGCGGUGCUGCAACGAGUGACGAGAGCUUCAGUCACAGUCGACGGAGAGGUCAUCUCGGAAAUAGGCCGAGGCCUACUCGUUCUCAUCGGGAUAGAUAAGAACGACCAAAAGUCUGACUCUGACAUACUUACGAAGAAGAUAUUAGGUGCGAAGCUGUUUGAAGAUCCAGGGGACGCAUGGGGGUCUUGGAAGCGGAGCGUGAAAGAUAUAGAUGGGGAGGUGCUGUGCGUCUCGCAAUUCACCCUCAUGGCGGUUUUCAAAGGCUCCAAGCCCGACUUUCACGAUGCCAUGCCCUCCACGGUCAGCCGGGAUUUCUACUAUAAUUUUCUGGAAGAUAUGCGGAAAACACACAAGCCGGAUAAGAUCAAAGAUGGCAAGUUUGGGGGGAUGAUGGAUGUUUCGUUACUCAAUGAUGGCCCAUUAACGAUCAUCCUCGACUCGCUCGACUCGCGCUCUGGCAAACCAAAACCAAGAGAUGGGCAGUCCACCCCAGCAUCGGGCGUUUCGGGAUCAGCCACCCCGGCCGGCGAUGGGGCAGAGGAGGAUCAGUCGCCAGAAGCGUACAAGGCGAGAGCAAAGGCCAAGGCGGAUAAGCGGGCCGCGAAUGCCAAGAUGUUUGCAGAGAGAAAGGCGGCCGAGGAGGCAGCGAAGAGCGCAGGAGGAGGGGCAGUGGGCGGAGCUGGGGCUGAGGCUUAG